UGGCCAAGAAUCAGGUAUGCACAAACGAAUGUAUGCAAAUAAUACAUACAUACAUAUGUACAUACAUAUGUAUGUUUGUAAAUAUGCACACGGAGCGAAAAAAUUCGAUGCUGUGGAGAAAGUUUUAAAUGUUGGAAACUAUAGACUAAGUAUUGCUGCACUGGAUUGAUGUGAAGCGUGAGUCGAAACCAAUUUUUUAAUCACUAAUAUCAUGCACUUGCAAUUCAAUAUUUUUGACCAAUUACAGCUGUAGUUUAAGUUGUUUCAUUAAGUGUUAACAAAAAUAAUAGUAAGUUUUUAUAUGGGAGUUUAGGAACUUUUUCAUCUAAAAUGACCUAUGCCUACUCUUCCCAUUUCUUUCCCAUUUUUCUGAGUGUCGCGAUUCCCGAAAUACUUCAUAGUACAACUGAGCUAAUUUGAUCAACCGAUAAAUUCGACAGGACAAAACAAGAUAAGCCGAAGCAAAAGAGUAUUAGGUAGAAAGAAGUGUCGUGGCGCAAAUGCACAGCGAAAACGCCCAAUACAUUAUUGUUGUCGAUGAGGAAACAGUCAAGGUGAUCAUUGCAUAAACGGUGCAAAUUAAAUAUUAACAGCAAAAAUAACAACAACAAAACAGUUACAUACAUUAAAAAAGUAUUCGAAUUCCUUUCGUAGGCCACUUUAAAUAUAAAUUAUAUGUAAACAUAUAAAAUUGAAUAAUUGUUAUUAUGUCUUGGAGAGUGCGUCGCUUUUUGAAACAAGUGCGUGAGAACAGAAGAGAAGGGUCAGAAAUUGAAAAGGAAGUAACAACAAAAAGGGUAUCAAUAAAUGACACACCUGAAUCAAAAUUUGAUAAUCAACUUAAGCCGCCGUUACCAACGACAGCAAAAAGUGUAACAAUAAAUGAGCCACCCGAAUCGAAAAAAGAUGAUACAUUUGAAAAGCUUAACGAGACGCAGACGUUUAGCGAAGAUGAAUCGCAUAACCUUUUAUCUGCAUCCUCUGCAAGCAAUGAAGAAAGCUUUAAUGAUUUGAGAACAAGUUUCCAAAAUCGUUCCAGCCCUUCAACUUCUACCAACGGGAAAUAUGUAAAUUGGGGCAGUAAGCAUACUGAGUUGGCAACACAGCCGUGGUGCUGCGUGGGUGAUUUAAUGUCUUUCUGCGACAAAUACGAGUACCGGACGCUUAGCCUUACCGAUACUCGUACUCACAAUAACAUUAUAGCUGAAGUCAAAGCUCUGUUGACUGUUGGUCAAGCUCCUUUUGAUUUUCGCAAACGAUUUCCGGGAAACAUCCAUAACCCCGAAAACCUGUGGGUCUGCAUAGGUCGUUGCGCUAGUGUGGAGUAUCAUUUGAAAAAAAUUCUGAGUGUGUUUCGUAAACCGCUUGUACAUCUGCCAGUGGAAAAGCAACGAACCGCAAGGCAAAAUUUCCAUUUGGCAAUAAAUGAAUUACGUUUGGAUAUAUCAGCGCGCAUCAGUGCGGUUCAACUCUACGAUCGAAAUGUAUUUGAACGAGAAUUUCAUUUACACUGGCAAGAUACGUAAAAAAAAUAAAAUAUUUUGAACAAUGCUUUAAUUUGACUAAAACUUUUUAAUAAAUGA